UUUGUCCUGUUGUCUCUUGGAAUUUGAAAUUUGACGCCGGCCGGCUGGUCAUAAAACUAUCAUUUCUUCAUUGGCACAUCUUGGAUGUCCCAUCGCGACCUUCUUCGUUUUUUUCCUAAAUUUAUUUCUAAUAGAAGCUUUCUUGAAAAGUAAUAUAGUUUUUAUGCGGACAGAGUCACGGACGGUCGAAAACGCCUGUUUCAUGACGAUGAAACAAUUUAUGAAAUAUUUUUGUCGCUUUUGAAUGAUAUUUGGAUCAGAAACGUGGAGCCGGGAUUAGUGUAAGGAGUCGCUACUUUCCGGCUUUUUUUUCCCCUUCCAGGAAUUCACUGACACGAUGGGAUGAUUCAGAGCGGUGAUGCGGCAUCCUUUCUACCACUUAUCGAACUUUGGAAUCCCCAAAAGCUUAAGAUGCUCAUCACUGCGUGCCACUGAAUCGAUCAAUAAACGCGGGCAUGGGCGCAGGCGGACGCAUGACGGUCCAGGAGCAGGAGGAGGCAACCCUCCGCUCCGGUGCCGGUGACAAGCCCCUCCACCGUGCCCCCAUCGAAAAGCCACCCUUCACUCUUGGCCAAAUCAAAAAAGCCAUUCCGCCACACUGCUUCCAGCGCUCCGUCCUCCGCUCCUUCUCCUACGUCGUGUACGACCUGAUCCUCUCAGGAACCUUUCUCUACUUCGCCCUCGCCGUCGUUCCCCAGCUCCCGACUGCGCUCGCCGUCUUCUCGUGGCCGUUGUACUGGGCCGCCCAGGGCUGCGUGCUUACGGGCGUCUGGGUCAUCGCCCACGAGUGCGGCCACCAUGCUUUCUCCGACUACUCCCUCCUCGACGACGUCGUCGGCCUUGUCCUCCACUCCGCCCUCCUGGUCCCCUAUUUCUCCUGGAAGUACAGCCACCGCCGCCAUCACUCCAACACUGGCUCCAUGGAACGCGACGAGGUGUUCGUCCCUAAGCAGAAGACUGCCCUCCCCUUGUACGCCAAGUGCAUCAACAACCCGCCCGGCCGUCUCCUCAGCCUGGCUGUCACUCUCACCCUCGGCUGGCCGCUCUACCUGGCUUUCAACGUCUCCGGCCGAGCUUACCCCCGCUUCGCCUGCCACUUCGACCCCUACGGCCCCAUCUACUCCGACCGCGAGCGCGCGCAGAUCUUCGUCUCCGACGCCGGCCUCCUCAUCGCCGCCUUUACUAUCUUCCGCGUUGCCGCCACCUACGGCGGCUUCUGGUGGCUCGUCCGCGUCUACGGCGUGCCGCUCCUCAUCGUCAACGCCUGGCUCGUCAUCAUCACCUACCUGCAGCACACUCACCCCGCGCUCCCCCACUAUGACAGCACCGAGUGGGACUGGCUCCGUGGCGCCCUCGCCACCGUCGACCGCGACUACGGCAUCCUCAACCGGGUCUUCCACAGCAUCACCGACACCCACGUCGCCCACCACCUCUUCUCCACAAUGCCCCACUACCACGCGAUGGAGGCGACCAAGGCCAUCAAGCCGGUGUUGGGCGAGUACUACCAGUUCGACGGCACGCCUCUGCUGAAGGCGAUGUGGAGGGAGGCGCGGGAGUGCAUUUACGUCGAGGCCGACGCCGGCAAGCGGAAGGGCGUCUUCUGGUACCGAAAGGAAAUUUAGAAUCAAUUCAUAAAUCAAGGUCUAGUUCCUAUUAAUUUUGCGCUGUUAGUUAAUUUGGCCAGUGUUUCGUUAUCAAAUCCAUGCUCUUGUCGUCGU